ACCUGGAAGGUCUAUCAUUGCACAGCUCUACAGCGGCGUGUUACACACCACACAGGAAAACACAGCGGGACGAGUCGUACUUUAAGAUCGCACUUCAUUUAAAAGUAAAGUGGAAACGCAAAGGGAUAGCACUGCUCUCAUUUGCUUUUUUCGUUUUGCCGAAAUGAGAAAAAUGAUCUCCUUUGCCCUUAUCUUCUUUUUCCUCGGCGUGGUACGCUCGUGCCCAUCGGAAUGCGCGUGUCCGAGGGAGGCACCCAGGUGCUCGCCGGGAGUGAGCUUGGUGCUGGACGGCUGCGGCUGCUGCAAGGUCUGCGCUAGGCAGCUCAACGAGGACUGCAGCAAAACGGAGCCGUGCGACCACACCAAGGGGCUAGAGUGCAACUUCGGCGCCAGUUUCGGCGCCGCCAAAGGCAUAUGCAGAGCCAAGUCAGAGGGAAGACCAUGUGAAUACAACAGCAAGAUUUACCAAAACGGCGAGAGCUUCCAGCCCAACUGCAAGCACCAGUGCACGUGCAUCGACGGAGCCGUGGGCUGCAUCCCGCUGUGUCCGCAAGAGCUCUCCCUGCCCAACCUGGGCUGUGCAAACCCCCGGCUGGUGAAGGUACCUGGACGGUGCUGCGAGGAGUGGCUGUGUGCCGAGGGCAAGGAGGCGGACUCUGUAUACAAGCUCUUCAGCAAGGAAAGCGGGACAGAUGAGUCAGAGAAUGACCUCACCAACAGAAAUGAGCUCAUUGCCCUGGUCAAAGGAGGACUGAAGUCCUUACCUGUUUUCGGUGUCCAACCAGAGGUUUUGAGGAUCGAAAGCCAGAAGUGCAUCAUCCAGACCACAGCGUGGUCCCAGUGCUCCAAGACAUGUGACACAGGCAUCUCCACCAGAGUCACCAACAACAACGGCGAAUGUAAACUGGUCAAGGAGAGCCGGCUCUGUAUGAUACGGCCAUGCAGCCAGACAUCUCACUCGCUUUUGAAGAAGGGAAAGACAUGUAGCAGAACCAAGAAGUCCAAUGAGGCUGUGAAGUUCACCUAUGCCGGCUGCUCCAGCGUGAAGAAAUACAAGCCCAAGUACUGUGGGUCGUGCUUGGAUGGCCGCUGCUGCAGCCCGCUGCAGACCAGAACAGUACCCGUCAGGUUCCGCUGCGAGGAUGGCGACACCUUCAACAAGAACGUCAUGAUGAUCCAGACCUGCAAGUGCAACCACGACUGCCCCACCUCCAACGAGGCCUCUCUGCCCUACUACAGGCUCUUCAAUGACAUCCACAAGUUCAGAGACUAGGCCGGUCAGCCCCAAGAAAGCCGACUGCCAAUGCCCGUCCCAAACGAGCGUCCUAUCGCCUUUGGUCUGGAUUUCCUAACAGUGGAUAUCAUGAAGACCAAAGGAAGUUGCACUGUUAAGCUGGAGAAAGUUCCGGCAUGUUCUUCUCAUAACGAGCUACUUCAUACUAUUGGAGUUUCACUAAUGACGGCUUCUUCAUGGAGCAGCGUGUAAUUAUGUUUGUAAAAUCGAGUUGAAAUUUACUUGACUUGCUCUGUAUAUGUUGUCUUGCAGAUACACCAGAGAAACCUGACCUUUAAUGUCUACGUAUUUAUGCAAACGUAAUUAAAUGUAACCUUUGAUCAAGGAGAGACGAUCCAUCUGUGUUGUGGAACAUGUGUGUGGUCACAUUCCUUUCUGAUGUGGGCUAAACUGUCCACGUUUGGUGGCAGCUAUUGAGUUACUUUCACAUUCGCACGAUGAAAGAGAAAACGGUCAACUUCUCUAAGAAUGAAUGAAUGUUUUUGUUUAUUAUUGUUAUGAUUAUUUAUCAGUGUGUAGCUACUUUAUUUGAAUAUUAAAUGUCAUACUGGAAUAAAUUUUUAAAUGAUUUAAUUUUAUAUGCAAAAUUGUUAUAAAUAAAAGAUGUAUUUAUGAAAA